CAGAAUUUCAGGAUACACCUUCCAUUUUUUAUCUUCUUUGACUCUUCUUUGUCCAUUUGUUUUUGGAUGCAGAAUGGGUGCCACAGACAAUGUAUUUAAAGGUCGCAGUACAUUUAUGGAAGAACUAACAGAUACAGCAGCAAUUAUUCAAAAAGCAACUUCACAUUCAUUAGUAAUUUUGGAUGAACUGGGAAGAGGAACUAGUACACAUGAUGGAAUUGCAAUUGCUUAUGCUACUCUAGAACAUUUCAUUAGGAAUGUGGGUUCGUUGACACUAUUUGUUACCCAUUAUCCUCCACUGUGUGAGUUGGAAAGAACCUAUCCAGCCCAAGUUGGAAACUACCAUAUGUCUUUUUUAGUGAAUGAAGAUUAUAGUAAACCAGAAGAUGAUUUUGAAGAACAAGAUCAUCUAGACUUUGUCACUUUCCUUUAUCAAAUAACCAAAGAAGUUGCUGCAAGAAGCUAUGGUCUAAAUGUUGCUAAGCUAGCAGAUGUGCCAAAAGAAAUUCUUAAAAAGGCAGCUCAUAAAUCAAAGGAACUAGAGAGAUCAGCUAAUAUGAAAAGAAAAAUGUUGAUGUAUUUUGCUAAACUAUGGAACACUGAUGACAUUGGAGAACUUCGAAGAUGGAAAAGUGUGUCUGAAAUAGAUAAUGAUUUCAGCCAAUUUAAAAAUUCCAGAGAGCCUGCCAACUGAAAAUGGAAAUAGCAUAGAAGGUUUAAUAAAUUCUCACAAAAAGAAAUGGAUGUACAUAAAGUGAAAUUUUAGAUCACUUAUGGAUAUAGUGAUAGAUUUUUAAUAACAGUGCCUGUUUCACAUAAUCAUUUUUGGUGUUUAAUUUCUGUAAACUAACUUCAAGAAUGAGUUACGUAGAACAGAAUUCCUAAGCUAAAAUGGUAUAGCUAUCGGGAGCUCCAAGUAUCCCCCACCCCAAGUUAAAAGCAAUUUACAGGGCCUUUCAUCUCAUUCUAUUUUCAUAAUGAAAAUUAUGUAAUUUUCAAUAGAAGAGAAUAUUGGCAUUUGGAGAGUGGAAGAGAAAUGUACAGGUAACCAAAAGGUACCUCUGUGUUAUUUCUUCUCAGGAUAACAGCUUGGUGGGGGAGUUUGUUUAAGAAAAUGCAUGGAAUAUGAAGCUUCUUUUCCCCAGUACCAUGGUGCAAUUUAGUUUGGGAGAUAUCCAUAGCUGUUUUUACUUUUAAACCAAGUGACAUAGUACACCAAUACACAGAGUUCCAGUUACCUUGUCAGGCUCUUGCGACUAGAAAUAAUUGCAAAAUAUAUGUUUUACAUGAUGUCAUCUUGAUGCAGUCAAGGUCAGUCAUUAAAGCAAAAAUGGUCCAUGUUGUAUUAUUUAAUUUCAGUGGAUGUUUUAUACUAAAUUCCAAUUUUUAAUUUUUCAAAUUGCUUCCUAAAAUCUGGUGACUUUAUGUGCUGAGAAUAAAAAAAAAUUGUUACAUUCUUCUAUAUUAUGUCUCCAGACAUCAGAUUUCCCCCCCAAAACUAUUCCUUAGUAUAUACCUGAAAAGCUUUUUCCUACUUGAUGGAUAAUUAUGAUUGUUGAUGGCAAUAUGAAAAUUAUAUAACUAUAAAUUAUAUUAAAAUAA